AUGAUCAAAUUUACUAUUAAUAAUACUGAUUAAUACUACAUUUUUAUUAAUUAUGAAUAUGCCUGCUCAUGUGUAAAGUAAUCACAAAAUACCAUAUUUUUUGUAAAUCUUAAAUUGGUAGAUUUUGACAUAAUCAAACCAUUAGGGAAAGAUGCAUACAGUGAAGUCUUUUUAGUUAAGAACAAACUCACUGGACAUGAAUCAGCACUUAAGAUUGUGGACAAGAAUUUCUUGCUUAAGGAGAAAAAGAAGCACCAUGCAUAUAUAGAGAGAGAAGUGCUGAGUAAACUGAGACACUAAGGAAUCAUUAAGUUAUUCAAUUCAUUCGAAGAACAUGAUAAACUAUUUUACUGUCUUGAAGUGUUAACUGAUGGUAAUUUACUAGAAUACAUGAACAGGCAUAUUUUGAAUGGUUCAAUAAUCAUGUUCUAUGCAGCGGAAUUAAUUGAUUGGUGCACAGAGAUGAUAAUCAUUUAAAACUUAUAGAUUUUGGAACAGUAUUUGUUUAUGAUCAUAAUGAAAUUGAUAUCGGAAAUAAAUUAGAAGAUAUUAGGACUAAAUAUCAAAAAUAAAGAUCUCCUUCUUUAAACGAUUUUGAGAAACCCUAAAUUAAGUAUUGCCGUGAUUCUAGUUUUGUGGUUAAUAGAUUACAAUGUUAUUGGACCAUAGGCUGAUUUGUGGGCAUUGGGAUGUUUCAUUUAUCAAUUAUAUACAAAUAAAACACCAUUCUAUUCAGAGAACGAAUUCGAAUUAUUUAACAAUAUAAGUCAAUGCUCAUGGUCAUAAGAUUAAAGCAUACCCAAUGAUGCCUUGGAUUUAAUCAAGAUUUUACUUGAUAAGGAUCCCAUAAAGAGAUUUCUAGGAGAAUUUGAUGAUUCCUAAUAUCAUUAUGAAAGAUUUAAACAACAUCAGUUCUUUAGAGGAAUUAGUUUUAAAUAAAUGUGGUUAUAAGAUGUCCCUGUUAUAAACAAUAUCGAUUAACACAAAAGAAAGACAAGUAGGAUUCAGACUACCUUUAUUGAAAGUAACCGAGCAUUGCGUGAUAAAUAUGAUAAUCAAGGAAUCUCUUAAAUUAUUAUGUAAGGCUAAUUAGAUAAGGAACAUGGAGUACUAUUUAUGACUCAGUUCUCUCUCAGAUAUGCUAGUAUUGUAUGUUAAGAUGAAAAAGUCCUUUUCGUUUAUAUUAAUCCUUAAUUAAAUAACAAAAAGACUGUAAUACCCUUAAAUUAAUGUACUUCAUGCAAAUUAUUAGGGAAAGGGAAAUUCAUUGUUGCAGAUAGAAAUAAAAAGAAAUACAUUUUCAAAUAAAGAGAAAAUAAUGUUCCUGCUCAACAGUGGGUUAAUUUAAUUAACAAAUAUAUCAAAUCUAACCAUUAUUGAUUAGAUUUUAUUUAUUACAUAACAAA